CAUCGAGUGAAAGAGAAGAACAUUGAUUCCUCUGUGCCAGAAACAGAGACAAAGAAAUGGUUCCUUGGAACUCAUUUCCAUUAGAAGUGACUUACCAAGUAUUUGGUUGGUUAGCUUUUCUUUCAUGGGCAGUUGCUGGCUACCCACAACUCAUCUUGAAUUUUCGUAGGAAAAGUGUGGUGGGAUUAAGUUUGGAUUUUCAGAUUCUGAGCUUAACCAAGCACUGUACAUAUCUCAUAUACAAUGCUUCCCUCUUCUUUAGCCCUGUUGUUCAGAAACAGUAUUUUGAGAAGUAUGGUUAUGAACAGAUGAUUCCUGUUGCAGCUAACGAUGUUGCUUUCUCUAGUCAUGCAGUCAUAUUACAUCUAAUUAUAAUUUGCCAAUUUGCUAUGUUUGAACGUGGAAAUCAGAAAUUCUCCAUCUAUACCAUUGCAGUAGCUGUUGCAGUGUGGUUUAGUGCUGCUGUUUGCUUUUUCAUUGCAUUGCCGAGCCAAUCUUGGCUUUGGCUAGUUUCCAUCUUCAACAUAAUUCAAGCAAUUAUGACCCUCAUCAAAUACUUUCCCCAGACACUCCUGAACUUUUUGAGGAAAAGCACAGAUGGAUUUAGCAUUGGAACUGUUCUACUUGAUUUUUCUGGAGGUGUAUUUAAUUAUUCACAAAUGGCUGUGCAGUCCAUAGACCAAGGUUCCUGGGUGAACUUCUAUGGAAACAUUGGGAAAGUACUUAUAUCCUUGGUAACAAUAUCCUAUGAUUCUAUCUUAAUGUGUCAGCAUUAUGUAGUGUACCCUGAUAACAAGAAAGGGCUUCCUUCUAAAAAUUCUGAAGAAAUCAAACAACCACUGAUCUGGGAAAGUCCAAGUCCAAUAGAUCAUCAACAAAUCAAAGGUUCUGUUACAUAUUCACAUCAGUCUCCACCAGAAGUUUGAGGUAUACCUAAGUUGGAUCGUGCAGUAUACAAAUUUGUAUAUAUAAUAAGAAAACAUUUAUUGAAAGAAGUGAGGUACUUCAAAUCACCCUUUGUAUAUUCAGGAAUUCAUUCCUAACUUUCCAUUCUGUAUUGGAAAAAUGUAAUAUGGUGUCCUCAAUUCAUACAUUAAACCAAUAUUAAUUACCUAAA